AAGGAUGGUACGAAUCCAUAGACUAAAUGAUGGGACACAUAACGCAUACCAUUGAAGAAAUAGAAGACAGUCUCUAACCGCUAAAGAAGCGAAAAAACAAAUAUAGACACAUUUUAAACGUUUUACUCUUAAUUAGUCAAUCAGUUUCUCUCAAUAAAUCAACAACGUUUAUUUAUGUACAAUUCUUCUACAAGGUUUUGUAAUUUUUGAUUGACCUCAAAAUUUGUUCGAUUUCAAUCAAUUUCUCUACUAAUUAAUCAUUGUUGUCUAAGAGGGUUCGUGAUUAAACUCUAUUUGAUAAAUUUCAGAGGAAUCACAAAUUAGCCGAUAAGGUUGAGCCUAUAUCUUCAAAUAUCAGAAUCUAAAGGCGUACCAAGUUUCUACUAGAUUUUACGAGAAAAUGGGUUCAUUUAAAAUAGCGUUUGUGUUGCCUUUGUGUGCCAUCUCUAAUUCACGGCCAUUAUGUCUCUUGUCUCUAUAAGGUACCAUACAAAACGCGUUCAAUUCAGUAUUAUUGUUUUACCAUCGGUUAUUCAUCUAGAUAGUCUAGAUUGUUAAUACCAAUGAUUGGUCUAAAGAAAUGCCAUAUAUUUGCUUAAUUCCACACCUAGAGCAAACAUUUAAUUGGAUUGCUUAACUAAUUUCCUUAAUUAGAAUUUCUAAAGAUAAAAGGUGGAACGAACUUUUCGGGUCCAAAAGUUAACGACCUUAUGCGGUUUAGAAUUUUACUUCAAAAUUUACUACCUUAAACAACAAUUUUUAGAUAAACUUGUAUCAUUUUAUCGCCAAAAUUGAAACUAUAGGGUCGGAGUUCAUCUCUAAAUUUAUGUUUGAAGCAAUAUUCUCCUUUUUUUCUAUAGUUAUUUUAAAUCUGACUCACAAUUAAUUUAAGUUACACGAAAUGGAUCCUAUUACGGAGAUUAAAUCUACAGGAGAGCAGGAGGACGAUGUGACCCCUCUGACCCCUGAAAAUCCAGUGACCCUUGAAGGAGAAGAGGUCAUCUUCAAGGACAUCAGUAAAGUGCAGACCUUCUGCUACAGUGUGGGUCAUGUACUGAAUGACCUCUGUUCUGCCAUGUGGUUCAGCUACUUCAUCAUUUUCUUCCAUCAAGUGCUUGAGAUUGACAGUGUGACAGCUGGGAACCUGGUGCUGAUUGGCCAGAUGGCAGAUGCCAUUGGGACUCCCUUUGUGGGCUAUGAGUCAGACAGAACCACCGGCUGCCAGCUGUAUGGAGUGCGCAAGUCAUGGCAUCUAUUCGGUUGGUACAUGAUGUUCAUCUACUUAUGA